AUUCCCGCUACCUUUAGGUAGUGGGUCUUUCCAGUCAGGUUUUUUUGCGAUUCUACGGGGCAUUGUGUUUUGGAAUUUGAUCAGUAUACAAAUGGCGAAAAAUUCUCACAGUGGUUCGUGCAUGCUUGCACUGUGUUGUUCCGUUCUAUACCUUUGCCUGUUUGAUGUCCAUAUUCUAUUGUUAUGUCCCUUACUUUCGAGGGUGUUGACGUCGUCGCCUCAUGUGAUCAUUCUGUUUCGUUCUCCUCUGUAACUGCACAACUACUCACUCGGCGCCUUCGACGUAGCAACAUUGUGCCAGAUGUUCGCAUUCGUGCUCUCGUCUUUAUUACCGAUGGCAUUAUCAAUCUUUCGACAGAUUUCUUGUUUCUCGUCGUCAAUGAUGCAUGCAGUGAUGUUUUUGGUCGCGAUUGGUUAGAAUAUUGUUGGAAUAUAAGUGACAAUCAUCGUGAUGUUCAACUGCCUGAACAUCCGUGUUGUUUUGUAUGUUCAGACGAUAACAGUUUAAAUUAUGGGUCAUCCAUGCCAGUGAAGGUUUAUACUCCCAGUUUUAAAUCUGCUGAUUCCGUUAAAGGAGAAUAUCUCAUACAAGACAUGCUGUUCUCAGCUUCGUCAACGGAUGCUACUCAAUUAUUACCUCUUCUGCGGAAUCAUGGACUCGAAAACGAUUUUUCACCAGAACAGAUGAACAUUCAGGUUUUGCGACAUCUCCUUUCUGGAGUCUGUAUCCACGCGGGAGCAGGGCGAACCGGUCCCAAGGCUUGUAGACUCAUUUGUCGAGCGUUUUCGGAUGUUCAUUCAUUGCUUGGUUAUAUAGUUUGAGAGGUAUUGCUUUCAUUACCAUCUGUAUUAUCCAUCGCGUCUCUCAAAGAUAUUGUUGGUGCUGCGGGAGAACAGAAUUCGCUUAUUCAUGUGAAUCGUGCCGAUUUGAUUUGAUUGCUAUUCCUUUGAUGUGUGAAGUCUUCAGAAGAUGAUGUGCUGUUCAAAGAAUUGUUUCUCGGUUUCGAAACUUUAUCUCAUUCUUCUUUACAUGCAUAUGCUACACUUCAUGGCAUACAAUUUCAAUCAGCAGAUUCACGGGAAGCUCUAUUACAGAUGUUGAUGCAGCAUUUGUCUGACGGCAGUUGUCUGCGUGGAAAGGAUAUUUACGAUAUAUUUGGCUAGGUAGCGGGCUUUGCCACGCAUGUGGCCUUACACAACUUAU